CCGAUAACUCCUCCAUGCAUUACUCUAGUGCAGAUCAUCGGCGGUAAUACUAAUACCGGUGAGCGCAAGCAUGCUACUACUGCCCCGCAACUUCCCUCCUCCAUCAACAAACAUCCCACCACCACCGUAACAACACAACCACCAACUGCUACGCAGAAGCCAUGGCGCCUCGAAAAGCUCUCUUCGUCAUUGACAUCCAGAAAGAGCUUGCCGUCGAUCCCACAACCAGAGUCCCGCAUGCGGAUCGAGUCACCGCGUCCGCCGAAGGAACCCUCAACGCCGUCCGGUCGGUCAUCGAUUCCUACCGCGAGAAGAACCAACUAUCUCCGUGGGCUAUCUAUUUUAUUCAGCACGAGGAAACCUCUGCAAACGGAACGCUACUGCGGGGCAGCGAGCCGUGGGAACUGGUGUUCACCCCGCGGGUGGAUGUCGAGGAGGAAGUCGUGGUCGCAAAGAAGACUGGCAACACGUUCGAGUCGAAUCCUACCCUCUCGACGCGCCUCCGCAAUGCCGAUAUCAACGAGAUAGUGGCCCUGGGCCUGCAAAGUGAGAAGUGCGUCGAAGCGACCUGCAAGGGUGCGUUGGCGGCGGGGUUCCGCUUGACUCUUCUUGCUGGGGCGCACUCGACGUACGACUCGGAUGGAAAGACGGCAACAGAGCUCGAGCGCGAGGUUGAGCGGCGUCUGUCGACUCGUGGGGCUCGUGUGUUGCGGUGGGAAGAGGCGGCUUCACAGUGGGUUCAGGAGCAGCGUAGAUAGUUUGUUUAAGGGCCGGUCGGGCAUUCUUACCAGCCUUCUUUUCUAAUUGAAGUCUUAAUCCACAUAUGCUUCCAGAUGAAAUGUCAUUCAUGUUAGUCACAAGAAACAACUGAGACUGAAGCUUUUUAUCGUGACUGGGAAUGCGCAUCGGAGUUUCAAAGGAUAUAUAUGAAUGAUGAAUCGGACCAUGGUGAGAACAGAGAUGAAAGGAGGAAACUCGGAAAUAAGGACUGUGAUAACAACUCUGACAUCAAAUGUGCUUACACUAGCUUUGCUCUCUCAGUACAACAA